CAGCAUCAGUUGAAAUAUUUCUAGUGAUUCUUUUAGAAGCAAGUUUCGUUCGAUCGCAAAAGUUUGAUUUUCUAAGAUGAUUUUCCCAGUGGUCCUUAUUUCUGCCUUUUUCCUAAUUUCCACCUCCGUGGGAUCUGAAGAAUCCUGCUAUCUGUCGGAGGAGCAGGAGGACCAGUGUGCUUCCGUGUGCUACCCUAUCGUCAAGCCACUACUUCGAUAUUUUGAGAAAAGUAAGGAGAAGGAUGUGCAGCUCCUACAGUGCAAGACAGACUACUCAGAACUUCAGAAACGAUAUUCCGAGUUGGGACUGGAAAAAUAUGACCAGAUAUCAAAAUGCCAAAAGGAUUAUUCGGACUUGGAGAGAAGGCACUCAGAAGUGCAAGAUAAAUAUACGGAUGUGCUGAGUAAACUUAACGACAUUGAAGUUAAAUAUGAGAGGUUACUUGCCAAGCAGCAGGAAAGUGAAAAUCUUAACGCCCUAAUAAAUCAAAAAAAUAAAGAAAUCGAGCUACUUAAAGAGCAAAAUAGGGACCUAAAGAAAACAAAUGAGCUUGCAACGUUGACAAAUCAGUUCCGCGAAAACAUCGAUAGGUUGGGAGAAAUAGUAAAGAAUGGAGCAAAUAUUUUAACAGAGUCGACUAAUAAAACAAAAGUAAAUACUGGAGGGGUCCCUACAACUCCACUGCCUAGUAUCAGUGAUCCGACGACGCCGAAAACAGAAAUCAUAGAUCUUCCAGAUCCUUGUCCACGAAACCAAACGGAAUACGAAGUCCUUCGCGAAAUCCAACUUCCAGGCUCAGACCCAAACAUUGAAUCGCACGUAUAA